UGUGAUGCCACAAGUCACGAUACUAAAGCGUUCUGCCGAGCAAGGGGUCCAGACGCAAAGAAAAUACUUCAGAAAGACUGCUAAGGGGAAGAUUGUCAAAGGUCGGUCUCCAAGGAUCGGGCUUCAUGGGCCCUUACAGAGCUGUUCGCAGUCCUUCGUGAACGUUAUUUAAGGGACGACGUGACCUGUGGCAUUGAAGGGAUAUGUACUUCCCAUAACCCCCCUUUGCCACCACGCGGCGACCUUACGCACCAGAAAUAUCCUAAUGGUCACUAUAUAAUGCCAGACACCAAUGUCUUCUUGCGUCAGGUCUGUUUGUCAAUUUAGAUAAAUUAUCCGGAAAUCGAGCUUAUUGGGUUG